UCCUGGUGCUACUGGUCUGAAAGGAGACAGCGGAGACAACGGUCCACAGGGCCCCCGAGGUCUCCAGGGUCCCACCGGCCCCCCAGGAAAGGCAGGAAAAAGGGGCCGCAACGGAGCCGACGGUGCUCGAGGAAUGCCAGGAGAGUCCGGGACCAAGGGCGACCGAGGUUUCGACGGCCUUCCUGGUCUCCCCGGAGAGAAGGGCCACAGGGGGGAACACGGUCCUACGGGGCUUCCAGGACCUCCAGGAGACGACGGACCGAGAGGAGAAGAUGGCCAGGUCGGACAGAGAGGCCUGGCUGGAGAGAGCGGUCCACGAGGUCUGUUGGGCCCCAGAGGGUCCCCUGGUCCUGCCGGGCAACGCGGUCUUUCUGGACUUGACGGGCAAGCAGGUCCCAAAGGAAACAUGGGUCCUCAAGGAGAGCCAGGGCCUCAUGGGCAGCAGGGUUUUCCAGGUCCUCAUGGUCUUAUCGGGCCUCAAGGUCCAAUCGGUCCUCCGGGAGAAAAAGGACCUCAAGGUAAACAAGGGUUGGCCGGACUUGGGGGUGCUGACGGGCCUCCUGGUCACCCAGGUAAAGAGGGUCCCGCAGGCGAGAAAGGAGCAAGCGGUUUUCCCGGACCUAUGGGCUCCAUCGGCUACCCCGGUCCUCGUGGCGUCAAAGGAGCAGAAGGAAUCCGUGGUCUGAAAGGUGGCAAGGGAGAAAAGGGAGAAGAUGGAUUUCCAGGCUUCAAAGGUGACAUGGGCCUCAAGGGCGACAAGGGUGAAGGUGGCGUACUUGGACCUCGGGGAGAAGACGGACCUGAGGGCCCCAAGGGAACAUCAGGGCCUAACGGAGAAUCUGGUCCCAUGGGAACAGCUGGAGAGAAGGGAAAACUUGGAGUGCCUGGAUUGCCCGGAUACCCCGGAAGACUAGGUCCCAAAGGCUCCAAUGGCUUCCCAGGUUUCCAAGGCUCCAACGGCGAAAAAGGCACAAGGGGAAUCGCUGGCAAAUCCGGACCUCGGGGACAACGCGGGCCGACGGGUCCACGUGGCGGACGGGGUGCCAGAGGACCGACUGGAAAACCAGGAGCAAAGGGCACCUCGGGCAAUGAUGGACCCGCAGGACCACCUGGAGAGCGGGGUCCUCAAGGACCACAAGGACCUGUCGGGUUUCCUGGACCAAAGGGACCUAAUGGACCACCGGGUAAAGACGGACUGCCGGGUCAUCCCGGACAAAGAGGAGAGACGGGCUUCCAAGGAAAAACUGGACCACCCGGACCCGGAGGAGUGGUUGGGCCUCAGGGUCCGACUGGAGAGACCGGACCCGGCGGUGAGCGAGGACACCCCGGUUCCCCGGGUCCACCUGGAGAGCAAGGUCUGCCGGGAGCUGCUGGAAAAGAGGGCGGAAAGGGAGAUCCAGGUCCUCAGGGUACCGGAGGCAAGCCGGGUCCCGCAGGUCUGAGGGGCUUCCAGGGGACAAGAGGUCUUCCAGGCGCAAUGGGUCCAGGUGGCUUAAAGGGAGGAGAAGGACCCCAGGGUCCCGCCGGCCCCAUCGGCUCUCCCGGAGAGAGGGGUGCUGCUGGCCCCGGAGGUCCCAUCGGUCUGACAGGACGCAACGGCCCUCAGGGACCACCAGGACCUGCUGGCGAAAAGGGCGGUCCAGGAGAGAAAGGUCCAAUGGGUCCUGCGGGCCGUGAUGGCAUCCAAGGUCCCGUUGGUCUACCUGGUUCUGCCGGACCUCAGGGACCACCAGGAGAGGAUGGCGACAAGGGAGAAGUUGGAGGACCUGGACAGAAGGGAAGCAAAGGAGACAAGGGAGAACUUGGACCUCCAGGCUCAAGUGGUCUUCAGGGUGUGAUCGGAGCUCCUGGUCCAGCUGGCAGCGAUGGCGAGUCAGGACCCCGCGGUCAGCAGGGUAUGUUUGGCCAAAAGGGAGACGAAGGAUCCCGAGGAUUUCCUGGUCUUCCGGGACCCGUCGGACUGCAGGGUAUGCCAGGUCCCCCGGGUGAAAAGGGAGAAAACGGAGACGUGGGAGCCAUGGGUCCUCCUGGACCUCCAGGCCCUCGAGGCCCUCAGGGUUCUGGUGGAGCCAGCGGAGCUUUAGGGCCUCCCGGUGGUAUCGGAGGACCAGGAGCUGUCGGUGAGAAGGGAGAAACCGGCGAGGCGGGUAACCCGGGAUCAGCCGGAGAACCAGGUCCAGGAGGCGCCCGAGGAGAGACUGGUGAGAAGGGAGAACCUGGACCACCAGGAGCCGCUGGACCUGCUGGCGCCCGUGGACCCGGCGGAGAUGACGGUCCAAAGGGGAAUUCCGGACCUGCCGGCUUCCCAGGUGACCCCGGUCCACCCGGUGAACCCGGCGCCGCUGGCAUUGAUGGUUUAUCAGGAGACAAGGGAGACGGAGAUGCUGGUCAACCAGGUCCCCCGGGUCCUUCUGGCGAGGCUGGGAGUCCAGGACCUCCUGGCAAAAGGGGACCCCUUGGACCUGUAGGUCAGGCGGGAAGACAAGGCGAGAAGGGAUCCAAGGGAGAAUCUGGAGCUGAGGGACCUCCUGGAAAGACCGGACCUGUGGGAGCUCAGGGACCUUCAGGCAAACCUGGCGCCGAGGGUCUGCGAGGAAUCCCCGGCCCGGUUGGCGAGCAAGGACUUCCCGGCAGUUCUGGAAAAGAUGGACCUCCCGGACCUUUGGGCCCACCCGGACUUCUUGGCAUGAAGGGUGACUCUGGCUUCAAGGGCGAGAAAGGCCAUCCUGGUCUGAUCGGUCUGAUCGGACCCCCUGGUGAUGCCGGAGAGAAGGGAGACAGAGGACUGCCCGGAACCCAGGGAGCAGCUGGUGGCAAGGGUGAAGCGGGUCUUGGCGGCUCACAAGGUCCUCUGGGUCCUCCUGGUCCUCCUGGUAUUCCUGGAACCCAUGGCCAGAAAGGCUCCAAGGGAUCAUCAGGUUCAGCCGGUCAGAAAGGAGACAAUGGACUGAUUGGACCACCGGGACCUCCUGGUCCGCCGGGCGACUUCAUCCAGCCGCUGCCCAUCCAGCACGUGUCCAGGAAGACCAAGCGUCAGGCCGAGCGGCAGGGAGAUGAGCCGCUGGCCGACUACGGCACGGACGACCUGGCCAUGGAGGACGUCUUUGGCUCGCUCAACAACCUCAAGCAGGACAUCGAGCGCAUGAAGUUCCCGCUGGGCACCGAGGACAAUCCCGCCCGGACCUGCAACGACCUGCACCUCAGCCAGCCCGACUUCCCGAACGGAGAAUAUUGGAUCGACCCCAACCAGGGCUGCAUAGGAGACUCCCUCAAAGUGUUCUGCAACUUCACGGCGGGCGGCGAGACUUGCAUCUAUCCCGACAAGAAAUCCUUAGGAGUGAGAAUAUCCAAUUGGCCCAAGGAGACUCCAGGAUCCUGGUUCAGUGAAUUUAAACGUGGCAAAAUCCUCAGCUACGUGGACGUGGGCGAGCGCAGCAUCAACGCCGUGCAGAUGACCUUCCUGAAGCUGCUGAGCUCGUCGGCGCGACAGAACUUCACCUACGUGUGCCACCAGUCGGCGGCCUGGUUCGACGCUAAAGCCGACAACUACGACAAGGCGCUGCGCUUCCUGGGCUCCAACGACGAGGAGAUGGCCUAUGACAACACACCCUUCAUCAAGCCGCUGGCCGACGGCUGCGCGGCUAAGCAAGGAUACUCCAAGACGAUACUGGAGAUCAACACUCCUCGCAUCGACCAGCUGCCCAUCCUCGACGUCAUGCUCAACGACUUCGGCGACUCCAACCAGAGGUUCGGCUUCGAGGUCGGCCCGGUCUGCUUCCUCGGCUAGACACACCCCCAAACGUCGCACUCCCCCCAACCCCCGCUACUCCCCCCGAAAAAAAAACAAAAAAAAAACCUCCCCCCCCCGCUGACAGACAGGUUCAGAGGGCGCACACACAGAAGGAGAAAGGGGGGGGGUGCCCGAGGGCCCUGUGAUGCCAGCGCUUUGACCAGGGGGGUCUAGUCGUCGCCCUUGUAGGGCCACAACCACAUGACUUAGUCCGGAUUGGGAGUGACAUCAGGAAAAAGGGACAUUUGACGGCGCGGUGGACAGUGCGGCGGCGUCGUCGUCCCCCCGGGACGCCCACGCCGCCGCGCGGGACCACAAGAUGUGCAUUAAACUCUCAAGGUGCUACACACUUUCCUUUUUGAUGAAACUGUAAUUAUUAUAAUAAUUAUUAUUAUUUUGUACAAUAUUUCGCCUUUCUGAAUCCACCCUAAAAAAACUUGCAUGCACAUGAUGAUCCCACUUAGUACAUCUCCUCUUUCAUUAGUUCCCAAGCAAAAGUUGUAGAUAAAAAAAAAACUUUUAUGACAACAAGCACAAGUGGAACACAAAACAUUCCGAGGACGCUUUUAACGACUUCAUGAGUUAUGGCUUUGUCAAUCAAGCCAUAAUAAUAAUAAUAAAAAGUAAAUAGUAAUAUAAUAAAAAAUGUCAGACUUUGCUUUAUACCUCACACUUGCUUGUGAAAUUGUUGUUGGUGUCAAGAACACUUUUGAGUUUACAAACCUAAGGUAAGAAAGGUAUUGAAGUUGCUUUAAGGUCAAGUCAACGAAAAAUCCUUGUCUGUGCCUUAAAUUGUUCUUUCGAAAAUAAUUAAAACUGGAUUCUGAAACUG